GUCUUCGUUAUAGCGGAUCUUCCGCCAUCGCCUACAUCGUCGUUCGGUUUCGUCCGCCAUUUUCCUCUUGUCACUCGCAUUUGGGUUUCAGUCUUAAGUAUUGGAGUGAUCUUCCCGUUACAAUUUGUCAACAAGGGAUUCCGCGUGUUCUACCACAAGAACUAGGAACGUAACGCAUAAAGAAAAAGAUGAGUUACGGUAGGCCUCCGCCCCGCAUCGACGGGAUGGUUUCCCUGAAAGUCGACAAUCUCACGUACAGGACAACACCGGAGGAUCUGCGGCGUGUAUUUGAACGAUGCGGCGAGGUCGGCGACAUUUACAUCCCCAGGGAUCGCUUUACGCGCGAGAGCCGUGGCUUUGCGUUUGUCAGAUUUUAUGAUAAGCGUGACGCGGAAGAUGCAUUAGAUGCUAUGGAUGGAAGACUGUUGGACGGCAGGGAACUUCGUGUCCAAAUGGCACGAUACGGACGUCCGACGUCUCCGCAUCGUAGCCGCGGAAGUCGUCGUCGAGGAAGAUCACGAAGCAGAAGUAGAGACCGCAGGCGUUCGCGAUCCCGAUCCCGUAGUAGAUCGCGUAGUCGCGAUAGAGAUCGCAGGCGCUCCUACAGCCGCAGCCGUAGUCGUUCACGUUCGGACAGUAAGAGUUCACGUGGCAAAUCACGUUCGCGCAGCAAGUCUCAGGACAGGCAGAAAGACAGUCGUUCUAAAUCCAGAGACUGAGCUGAUUGAAGAGUGUGCGAGAGGAUAAGAAUGAGUGCGCGCGUAUCCAACGAGUGCCGAAUAAUCUAUGUUGAGAUUGAAAAAGAAAAAGGUAUUCCAUUACCCUCUAUAGCAACACUCGCACGCUUCUUCACGUUCUUCUAUCAUUUAAAUACAUACAUGUUAAACGGAUAUGUAUAUAUAUAUAUAUGCAUAUACAUAUAUAUGUAUAUGUGCAUACAUACAUAUGUAUAUAUGUGAAUGUGUGUAUGUAUGUGUGUGUAUGUAUAUAUAUGUAUUUCGUAUUAAUACUACGUAUUUCGUCGGUUUAAAUACGUGAUUAGUUUCUCUAUAAUAUAAAUAUUCCUUUUUUUCUUAUGUGCUUCUCUUUUAUUCGCGCUAUAUACAGUUUUGUUGUAACAAUUAUCACCAUUCGCGUAACAAUCUGGCUUUGGAUUGUUCUUCAUAUCCCAAUAAGGAAUUCUAGUUGGUACAUUUUACGAUAUAAGACUUUAUGUAUUACGUUUCAUAAAAAAAAACUAUGAACCUACAUGUAUCAUUCGCUAUAUUUUUCAUCGAUGGAGAUUAAUAUUACAAACUGGUAGCGAAGAGGUCAUUACAAUGUUUUAUUCUUCUAUUUUCUAUAUCAUCUAUUCUUACCGUAUGUUAUAGUGUUACGCUAAUACACACUUUCAAAUAAUAUUGACAAACAUUGUUUGCGAAUAAAGUUUAUUAUUAAAUAAAACUCAAAACUUAGAAGUGUAAAUGUUGCUAUGUAGAUAUAAACUUCGCAGUUAAAAUCCGAUUACAUUAAUAAUACUUUAUCAACCUUUAGCUGACACUAUAUUGGAUUUGAUAUUUUGCCAUAUAUGGGUGUACGUCGCCCGACCAUUUUUAAUUGUAUAUAUUUUGGUACAUAAUGCAUAGAUUUUGAAUAAUUUUUUUUAAUUGAUAUGUCAGGAGGUCAAGAAGAAGACUAAAUAAAUACCAAAAUUGAGAAGUUAAAUAUAUAUCGAAAUAUUCAAAAGAGGAGCGAACGAUUUAUGAAUGCCAAGCAUUUUUGUAAAUAGCCUGGGUGUACAACACCUACUGUGUCAGCUGAGGGUUAAUAAUACUUUCAUUAAUCUAAUAUCAAUAAGAUUGUUACUUUAUUGACAUCAAUGUAGGUUAAUCUACAAUAUUCUCUUUGUUUAUAGUUUCUUGUUUUUUUGGCGCACUAUUUUAUCAAUAAUUGUAUUUUUUGUCACAUGUUUUUGUCUUUUUCGGAAUCAACUUUUAUUUCACUAAUCUCGAUAAAAUUGUGCAAAUAAGCAAUAAGGUAAUUAACAAAAAGUAAGAAACAGGAAGAAAAGAAGAUAUUAUAGAUAAGCCUUCAGACAAUCGGUAUUCAUCGAAAUUUAAUAAUAUUUUAAUCAACUGAUAUCAAUUAGAUGAAGAAUUCCGAAUAUGAUGAAAAAAUGUUUAUAUGACUAUGUUCUUCUGAAGUUUUUAUUAAAAAAAAAGAUAAAAGAAACAUUGAUGCGACAUUUACAAAAAUUAAUAACAUGAUAAUUUCUAUAUAAAAUAAAAGUAUAAUUUUUCUUGAAAACUUAAAACACAAUAAUUUGAUCAAGAAUUGAAAGUGUUCUGAUUCUCCUGUCUUAUAAAUAACUCACAAAUAAUGUUUGUCAACAAUUUCUUUAGGUGUGCGUACUAAACUUGAGGGAAAUCUUUUAACUGAGAAUGAAUUUAAAGUUUUAGGUUUAUUUUCACGCACGACAAUAUAUUUCUAGAAAUAAGUUUUGCGUUGAUAGGCAGUUCAUGUAAGUUUGCACAUCGUAGAUUCAUUUGUAAUAAAGCGCAGUGAAUUGCUGAGAAGACAAAA